AUGGAGUUCUUUGAAAACAAGCUGUCGCCAUGCUUUGAACGCUCGACGUCGAGAGAUGCUGUCCUCGUGAAAGACAAGCCGAGUCCACUUCGAAUUAUCAAAAGGUGUCGGAAUAAUAGCCGACAACGAGCUUUGAAAAGCAACAAUGCGGAUGUGGGCGUGGACGACGGCCCUCGUGAUUUGCUGGAAGAUUGCGAGCCACCGACAGUUUACAGGCUUCCGAGACGGCGGCCCAAAAUCGUGUCUGAGAAGGGUACUGGUCAUGCGAGAAAGGAAACCACUGAUGGCGACUGCAUCACUUCGACGUGCACGCUCCCCAUGGAACCCAGUACUACGUGGCUCGAUGAUGCAUCCCGAGCCAGCUCUAGAUGCACGUAUCAUGGGCAGAGAGACUCCCACGAUCUGGCUGAGUUGUCCCUUUUACCAAAGCCGCUGCUGGCUGAAGAGACUUCACUUGUCUUAUCUCCACACAUUACUGUGACACCAGAGACGAUGAGCAUGCGCGCAGGCCAACAGCAUCUCUGGGCUGCGAUUGAAGUAUGCGGCAGACUAUUCCCAGCCAACGGCAGGCCUGAGAAUGGCAGAGUUUCUUGUCCAGACAAAGAUACAUCUUUAAGAUUCGGCUAUCUCUACGAUCUCACUAUAGACGUGUUGCCAACAACGCAAUCAUCUAUCGUUCAGACAAUGUGUCAGCAAUCGUUCCCGACCACCCUGUUUGCCGGAUCAAGCAUUCUUCUCCUCGUCCAAGUCCUACUUCAGCCUAGGGUAGCGUUGUCGUCACCGAGACAGCACAAACACACCAGACACAUGUCGGAAGAAUUGAUGGAAGAUCUCCAGCUCCAACUAGGAGACUCUAUCAUGGAUUAUCUGAGCAUUCAGGUGUCCUACUCACACUCUGCGUUCCCUUUCCAACGUGGUGCGGCGGGGGCGACUGAGGUAUCCAUCUUGCAGACCAGGCUGGUAACAGCUGCAGAGGCAACUAUCAAGCUGCACAAUGUUCUCUCUCCAUGGUCUCCUCAUCCGAUACCGGCCAGAGAUUGUCUAUUAUCGGUGAUUGAGGGCCACUGGGGGAGCCAAAAAGCAUCUGAAAUAAUGCAACAGAUUUUAGCCCAACGUCCCAUCUCAACUCCAAAGCUCAAAAAAAUACGGCCAAAGGGGUAUGAGCAGACACCAACAGAUGAGAAACCAAAUUGCUCUCAUCCACCAACCAUUCCUCUAAGGUACAUGAGCUUACAAGAUGAGCGGCCAGUGACUCUGAAAUCAAGUCCGUCACUGCACUCUGUACGGGAAAAUAGAGUCUCGUAUGACUCGGCAAUUGGGAUGAAAGGGACACACAGCAGAGAAAUUUCUGGAGCCAGCAAAUGCGAGAAAGAGGAAAACAACAGUUCUUCGCGUGGAAGAUGGUCCAUUUCACCCGAUGCUACUCUCCGAGCUUUGACGCCAGCCCUGAGGAACAACAGCCGCGGUGACCACAAUAACAGGCGCAGUAUGAGCAAAGAAAAGAAAUACGGAGUGGCGGGAGAUGUCAAGGGAAAGAAGGAUUCUGGUCUUUGGGCUUGGGCAGCAUGGUUUUAG